AUCCAAGUCUAUCCUAUGACCAGUAACAGUAACAGUGGAUGUGGUUUGGUUUGGUCAAGGCCUUGUGUAUAUAGGCUCUAUCAUAUCGAACAUCAAUGUGAAACUUUGCGUAUGUUUGCCUGUUGUUUUCCAGUAGCUAACAACAUCUAGCAACCGUAGAAGUAAGUGCAGCUUCGACUUGACCCUUUAACAACAAAAAUAGGCCAGCUUUCGUCCUCUCCUUUCCCAGGUACUUAUAUAAUUACAUUGCUUGCUGGACAUGCUAUGGAAUGGCCAUUGAGUUCAAUGGUCGCACACAGUUCAUGUUUUAUACAGCUUUCUUCAUUUGACCAGUGAAACAACAAAUGCAUUUGAAGGCCUUGGUCGACGCGAUGGCUGAACAUGUUCGAGACAUCAACGAGGCCUACAACAGGAAGGGGUUGUUUUUCAUGAAGGAUGAGGAUAAAAAGGCUGAAAUCAAGAAGACAUGGUAUGAAGAGGAGCUGCCCACGUUUUUGGCCAAGUUGGACAAAGCCUUGCCUGGGAGUGAUGGUUUUGCUGUUGGCAAAAAGGUCUCAUUGGCUGAUGUUGCCAUUUUCAAGCUUCUGAAGGACACCUAUGAUGCUGAUGUGUCCAAAGCCUUUGCCUCUUGCCCCAAGCUGCAGGAGAUUGUUGCUAAUGUGGAGAAGAAUGAGGGUAUCCAGAAAUGGGUUAAAGAAAGGCCAAAGACAUUCAUUUGAACUGGUGGGCGAUGUGCGAAGGCAGUUCUUAAGGCUUCAGAUGUAA